CUUACCAGCAGGCUGCCAGAUAGAGGAGUAGCGAUUUUAGUAUAUGGACAUCACCGGGGUGAUAACUUUUAGUCGAGGAGAUGAGAGCUAGCUAAAGUCUAUAAUUAGCAAAAAAGACAGUUGCAAGGUUGAUUUAGGAGCGGAAGCAUUGCCGCUAACAGACCUUAUGAAGGUAUAACCGUGACGAGGCGGCAGCAAUCUACAGCAUAAUACGAUGCUGGGGAAUCCUGACGCGCAUACAACUUGCGCAUUCAUCAAAUAGUUGUAGCUACACAAUACCAAUUGCAAUUGCCUAAUGGGGGUGACUGAACUUUGGAAAUGGGGCCGCCGCGCAUCCGUCGGAGCCUCGCCUCAUGGGCGGUCCUGCACCUGCCAUGCCAAACGCUACGUCCCUGCAAAGAAGCAGCGACAGCCCCCAGCAGGCGGAACUUUUCGUGCGGGUGGUAAAAUGCGGAAGCAACAUGCUGCGGAACAUGUGGCUGAUGCUGACGAGCUUCUGCAGGAGCUGAACAGCGGCGGUGUGGGGUGGCUGCAGAAUGAGGACGAGCAGGAUUGGGGCCUGGACGAUGUUGCUGUUCAUGCGCGCACGAGGCAGCAGCACGAGCAACAACGACUUGGUUGUAUCUCCGUGGCGGCGGCUCCCAGUGCCGAUGCUACAGGUGCCCCGGGUGGCCGCCGUCGCGGGCCCAGCGUUGCGGACCCUAUGACCCAUGGGUCACCUCUGGCGACUGGAUUGGCCCGUGUGCUUCCCUCGGUCGUCCAGGGAAGCCCGGCGCCGCAUGCUAGUAAUGCUGGUAGCGCGAAUAGCAGACUGACAGGCGGCAGCGACAGCAACAACGACGGGGGCGUGGUUGAGCAGGGGCGGCAGCAUGCAGGGUUAGGUGGUGUGGGAAAUGGGAAGGUGCCAGCGGGAGAAGCAACAGCUGCAGCGCGAGUGGAGGUAGACGUGUCGUACGCUCGUCGUAACCCGGAGGUCGUGGAGGCGUUGCGCCGUCAGGGCAUCUCCGUACACGUCAGCCAACCUGACGAGGAAGACAAUGGCGACGAGGAGGAGGAGGAGGAGGAAGACGCAAGAGCUGGUCGCGCCAGCUUAGAUGAAGAUGAAGAUGAGGAUGAUGCCUUAGGUUUGGAUCUGGAAUCGGAUCUCGGAUUCGGCUCUGACGAAGACGACGUCAAGCAGCCGUCGUCGCGUGCCGGCGGCGGCGGCGGCAACCGCGGCGGCGGUGGCAGCGACUGGUACGGCAGCCUGGCAGCAGCGGGAUUCAACAUCCGUACGAAUGCCUCGGGAGAGGUCUUCCUGGAACGAACGGUUCGGCGGAAGACUUCCUCGCAAGCCGCUACCGCUGCCCCCGCCGCCUCUGCUGCUGGUUCUGCUGCCACCACUUCAACCAAUCCACCACCAAGUCAACCCGCAGCAGUCCGUCGCACGACUGCGAAAUCCGCAACGACGGCGGCGGCGGCGCUGGUGCCGCCGCUGGCUCCGCUGACGGGUCGCCCGGCGGUGGCGGCGGCGCUGCGAGGGUUGCGGGAGCCGCAGCAGGUUUUAGAUUUCUUGGAUUUGUCGUACCCCCAGUGGGCCGCCAACGGUUACCGUUUGGUGGACAUGCGGUCAGGAGGGACGGUGCCCGCCCCCUCCCCUGCGGAGGCUGCCCACUGCCUGCGAGCGCUCGCCCUCACCGCGCGCAGAACCAACAUUGGCGGCUGGCGCUGCCUGGAUUUAGCGGCUGGGAGGCAGGUCCAGGGCCUAGCCGAGUGCCUGCGCGCCACCCCGCCGCGCCUGCUGCCCGAGCACAACACUCCGCAGCGCUCAGCGGCGCACUUUGAGGCGGCGAGGAGGUACUGGCUGGCAGAGCAGGGCCCGGCGGAGGCAGGGGGCAGCAGCGGGGGGGACCCACGGGUCGGCAGCAGCGGCGGCAAAGGAAGAGGAGGAGGAGGAGAUGCCGCUUCUGUGGGUGCUAAGGACGCAACGUAUGACAAGCUACUUGCCAAGUACACCGCACUAUCGCAGCAGAGCCAAGAGCAGCAACGACAGCAGGGAGAGCAGCAGCAACAGCAGGAGGGUCCCAACGGCGCGGCCGCAGCGUCCCAGUCGGCAGCUGCGACAACCCAAACAACAUCUUCACCAAAACCCUCACCGUCUGCUGCUGCUGCUGCUGCUGAUGUUACCACCCAGGCCCCGCCCAGCGCCGCGCGGUGCCGUACAGCUAAGAUCGAGUGCCUAGUGGCGGCGCUGUGGGGCCUGUCUAGCCUGGGCGGUUCGCCGUACUUUACGGCGGAAACAGAGGCACUGCUCGCCAUCCUCGUGCGCUGCCUGCAACAACAACAACAACAACAACAACAGCAACAAUCAGCUGCAACAAGUACGGCAGGUGCUGCUGCUGCUGCCCGCACCGCUGGCGUCGCUGCUGGCAGUGGCAGGAGCAGCAUUCGUGGUGGUGGUCUGAGCGGCUGGCAGGCGGGUCAGGUGCUAUGGGCGCUGGGCAACAGCCGCCAUGCGUCCCCGCGGCUGAGGGAUCUGGAGGCGAUCUUGAUCAGGUCCGGGGGCCUGGCGUCCAUGUGCCCCCGCGAUGCGAGUCGGGUGCUGUGGGGAUUCGCCUCGUUGGGAUACCGGCCCGAGCGGCUGCUGGGCACCAUCAUGCCCGACUGGGGCUACGGCAACAGCAACAGCAGCAGCAGCGGCAGCGGCAGCGGCAGCGAUAGCAGGAGGGGCGCGGGUCGUGGAGAACUAGAGGCAUGGGGGAUAGGUGUCCGGGCAGGCAGGGG